AUGGAAACUUUUUCUGACAAAGAAAUUCCAAAAUUAAGUUUUGGACAGAAAGUAACAUAUUUGGUUAUAGUAUUGCUACCAUGUGCGUUUGCCAAUGAUUGCUCAAAACCGUUCCAAAUAAAGGCGGAAUACUUGAAUAAACGUUUAAAUGGACAUACCAUCGUAGAGUUAGAGGUUCAGAAUCAACACAUGUGUGCUCGUGAAUGUAUUUCUAUAUCUAUGUGUAAAAGUAUGGACUAUUUUCAUGUUGAUUGCGCGGGCGUGUGGUCAGCGACCAUGUUCAGAGAUACAAAAAUGUAUUCCCUUCAACGGCGGCUACAAUUGCGAGGAAACAAGUUUUUCUUCCCUACUGCGAUCAGCGGGCAACAUAAAAUAAAACUAUGGAAAUCACGUGGCAUAUUGACAGAUGUCUGUGAGAAGGACACGGAAGGUGGUGGAUGGACGGUACUUCAGAAAAGAUUCGAUGGUUCUGAAGACUUUUACAGAAACUCAACGGAGUAUGAAUAUGGAUUUUGCAAUUUGAAUACAGAGUUUUGGCUAGGUCUUAAGGAUUUACAAGAAAUGACGUCUCAAGGAAAGAAUGAAUUAAGGUUUGACUUAACGGCCGCUGAUGGAACUACCGUGCAUGAAACAUUCCCAAACUUUAACAUUGACGCUGGUCCAGAGUACACCAUUCAUUUCGAUCCUGGAUUUGGUACAGCGGGUGAUGGGUAUUCCAACUUCGGUAUGUCAUACCACAAUGGUAUGCAUUUUACGACAAAAGACGAAGAUAGAGCUAACUACAUCAAGAACUGCGCCAUUCUUUGUCACGGUGCUUGGUGGUAUAACGCUUGUGGCGGCGUGAACCUCAACGGACA